AUGUCAGCAUCGUCAACGUCGGCGCCCAAUCCAGCGCCAACGCUCGCCGACGUGAGGCGCAGAAACGAAUCCGUGCUCCUCCCACCACCCGCAACACAACUACAUCCCGCCUUUGGCAGUUCACUUCGUCAUCGACGUCACUCGUCGCACUCUUCGCACUCUUCGCACUCUUCGCACUCGUCGCACUCGUCCUAUGCAGCGAGACAUCCGGAUAGAGUACCGCAGAAAGCCGUCUCGCCCAACAACGCGUUCCUCAGCGUCGUGAGCUUGCUCGGCUUGAUCCUGGUGUACACGCUCGUCGGCGUGUGGUUGUUCAUCAAUGGCUUUUUGCUCUCGCGGCAUGAGCUGCAGGGUUGGAAUCAGUGCAGUACUCCUGCACUCCCGCAUUGGUCCUUGCCCAUCCCUCCACAAAGCUCGGAUGAUGCUUCACUGCUCAACUGGGCACACACAGCUUUGCAUCCAGUCACGGGAAACGGUGAAUGCAUCUUGCCUCCAACCCACGCCAAGGCCGUGGUUCUCAUCAUUGAUGCUCUGCGAUACGACUUUAUUGCUCCGCCACCUCCUCCGCUGACUAAUGCUACUCGCGGAGCUCCAGUGCGCAGUGAAUGGCAACCGAAUCCGUACUACCACAAUGUUCUUUCUCUGCCCGCUCAGCUCACCGAGACACACGCCAUCUCAGCAUCCGCUGAUAGUCCAGGUCCAGCCUCGUUCCUGGCGCACUUUACCGCUGAUCCGCCAACAACUACACUUCAGCGGCUCAAAGGGCUCACCACCGGAACGCUGCCAACGUUUGUCGAGGCAGGCGCCAACUUUGGCUCGGCCGGCACACGUGUCGGUCAGAUCAACGAGGAUAACUGGAUUGCACAAUUCAAACGCUCCAUUCUUUCCCCCGACUUGGGCUCCGACUUGGGCGAGCCCGAUCUCAACAGCAGCGCAGGCUUGGUAUUUGCAGGCGACGAUACGUGGAACACGGUCUUGCCGCACCUGUUCGAUUCAAACACGACGUGGACUUACGACUCGUUUAACGUCGAAGAUCUCGACACGGUCGAUCGUGGCGUCGAGUCCAAGCUCUUGCCUUUUCUCCAGACGCAUCAUCCGGAUCGCGUCGCUGGCGUACAUGACUCGUGGCGUUUGCUCGUGGGACAUACGUUGGGUGUAGAUCACGUCGGACAUCGAUUCGGCGCUUCGCAUCCCAAAAUGAAGCUCAAAUUGCAAGAGAUGCAGGAUUUGCUUAGAAACAUCACGGAUGCCGUCGAUCAAGAGACGCUGGUGGUCGUCAUGGGCGAUCACGGAAUGGACGAGCGCGGCGAUCACGGCGGUGACGCUGAACUCGAGGUUGGAGCUGGCAUAUGGGUCUACUCGAAACGCUCAUUUGGCUACCCUGGUCGCAACAAGCAGUUGCAAAUGCACCCAGCCGAGUACAUCUCGACACCACAAGUUGAAGCAGUUCUGCCGAGCCGGAUACCAUUCAGCGCGCUUCCGUCACCUCCCUACUCGAGCGCUGGUCACCGAAGCAUCCCACAGAUCGACCUCGUCCCCACCAUCUCGAUCCUCCUCGGUCUGCCUGUACCCUACAACAGCCUCGGUAGCAUCAUACCCGAUCUGUUUGCACAUCCAGAUACGUUGCUACGAGCGCUCCGCAUCACAUCUACGCAGAUGCGCACCUACCUUAACGCGUAUGCCACCAAAUCGCCCGAUUUCGCCGCUUUCCAGCCAGAAUUCGACGCACUCUGGCUCAACGCGGUCAGAGCGGAUGCGCAACUGGCGCGUCUUGUGCACGCCAGUGGAGACGCCACAACGCAAGCUGAGGUGGAAGAAGCAAUGAGGAGCGCAGCACAGGCGUACCAUGCGUUCAACCGGAUCAGUUUGGCCAGGGCACGAGAGGUGUGGGCGCAGUUCGACAUGGUCGGCAUUGUGCUGGGGCUGAUCGUGUUGCUCGGUGCGCUGGCAGUGGCGUGGGUGGUCAGAGACGGUGCAAUAAACGGCUUGAUUGGUGUUCUACCAGCUGCUGCUACUACGGAGCAGGAUCCAGCCUCGACGGUGCUGACUCAAGUGGUGAGAAGGACAACCACGACUCAAGAGCUUCAUGCUGUGGUGUGGAGGUCCAUCUCACGCCCCGCGCUGGUUGGCGCAGCGAUCGGAGCGGUGUUGCAUGGAAGCGUGUUAUUACCACUACCUGCGGUGCUGGUAUCUAUCGUGAAACCGCUGACGCUUGUCGACAGCAUCCUUGUUGGCGCAAGCAUCGCUUCUCAACUCUGGCUGCUUGCGUCACACCUGGCGCGUACGCUUUCGCGGUCAUCGGAAUGCCAAGGCGGGAGCUGCGGUCCGGCCACAAGCCGGCUGCUGGACUCUGCAGGCUGGAUCUUGCUCCUGAUGCACGCCGCGCUGUUUGCGUCUAACUCAUUGCUCGUAUUUGAAGAUCGGUUUGUUCUGCUCGCUCUAGCAUCUCUGCUGCUCGUAAGGGGCGUGCUGUUGGUGGGAGCGUCACCAACCACGCACCUGCGUUUGCGCUCGGGUCUGCUGACGCUUUUGGCGCUCGUUCUCGUUCGGCUCGCGGCCGUGCCGCGAGUGUGCAGGGAAGAACAGGCGGCGAAUUGUGAAUCAACGUUUUUCGCUUCCACGUCCACCACCGGUGCGGCGCUCAACAGCCCGUACACGAUCGCGCUGGCGUACGCGCUUGCGUAUGCGCUCCCCAGUGUCGUGGCGACAUUCUUGAAGCAGAGCAAGAGCUUUGUCGGUAUAGCCCCGCGCAUGUUCACGUGGGUGUGGCGGCCUACAUUGAUGAUCGGAGCGGGCCAUUGGGCGCUCGACUAUGCUGUUCCGCUCGACGCUAUCCAACGCAGCGGUUGGGCGAACAGGCUUGAGUGGAUUAAACAUUGGAUGGUGAAACUCGACUUUGUAGUGCUGGCGCUCGCGCUGGUGUUUUGGAUUUUCGCGCCGUUGUGUCUCGAGAUCCGCACGCAGACGGUGCGCGCGCAGCAAGAAGCGAACGAGGCGGAGAAGCAGAAAGUGACGAUCCUCGGAUACGCCAACAGCUUGGGCUCGAGCUUUCUGCUUCUGGUCGGUGUUGCGGUGAGCUUGGUGUGGGUGGUGACACAGCCGAGUGGACAGGUGGCGUUGGCGGUCGGGUGGGUGGCCGCGUCGGUGUGUGUCGAGCUGACAGACGCCGAGCGGGAUGUGGUGAUCUUGUUCCGGCAGAGGAUAGCUGCCGAGCAGGCUGCAGCGCAUCGACAAGAUCAACCAGAGUCAUCGGUAGCCGCGACGGUGAAAGCGCCACACCUGACAUCAGGCGCACUGAUGAGCUUACUGCACCUGUGCUACCUGCUCUUCUUCUCUACUGGCCACCAAUCCACGUUAGCAUCCAUCCAAUGGCGCGUGGCAUUUGUCAGCUCACCAACGCUCACCUACCCAAGCUCCCCGCUCCUGGUGAUGCUCAACUCAUUCGGCGCUCUGACCGUGCUUCCGUGCCUACUCACCGUCCUGGCUGUCCUCUGGAACACGACGCCUCUUCCGCGUGGUUCCGGCCGUCGAAUGCCGCUCCCACAACACCUCCUCUCAGCGCUCACUACACUCGCCAUCUUCAACACUUUUCUGUUGCUCACAUCCGCAGCGCUCUCAGCUCUCCUCUUCAGACGCCACCUCAUGCUGUUCAAGGUGUGGACACCUAGAGUGCUCCUUGCCGUCGUCGCAAGUGUCGGCGGUCAGCUCGCAGGCUUAGUCUCCGCCACCGCUGCAUGGCACCUGGCUAACAAGGUAAAUGCAAUCUUUGGCAGCGAGUUCGCUUAG